AUGAACCCCCCUGUCGGCUCCACCGUUAUGCGCGAAGUUCUCCCCGGAGGCAUCGAAGUCGAUGGGCAAUGGUUUCCGUCGGGGGUAGAUCUCGGUGUUCCGCACUACGCACUGCAUCACGAUGAGCGGUACUUCCCCGAUGCGUUCGCGUUCAAACCAGAGAGGUGGUUAACGGAUAAGCCGGCGCCAAAGGGGGGUAGUAGCGAAGCUUCCCUGCGCACUAACCCUGCGUUCACCGCUUUUGGAGCUGGGAGGACGUCAUGUAUUGGGAAGUAUCUUGCGUAUCAGGAGAUUCCCCUUGUUGUUGCUAGGACGCUUUGGUUGUACGAUUUUCGUGUGGAGCCUGGGUCUACGCUUGGUGAAGGCCGGACGUCGACGGAGGUUGGGAGGCAGAGGAAGGAUGAGUUUCAGACGUUGGAUAGGUUUGUUAGUACGCACCAGGGACCGGUAUUACAGUUUCGUCAUCGUUGA